AUGAAGGUCAACACUGCCGGUGGACCGUCUAUCAUCUAUAACAGAUAUGCUAAGCGCAACGAGACUACCAUUCGAGGCGGUAAACUCUACUCUCCGGACCACGUCCAAGCAAGCGGGACCUGCGGCCGAGACAGUGACGUUCCAAGUGUGAAGUCGUGGAGCAGCUGGUCGUGGCGGGAAUUGGAGCUGGACCGCCACGCACGAGGGAUCUGA